CGUCCCAAACCCUUUUUAUAGGAGAGUCUUAUGUUCUGGCAGAAGACUUCACAAACUCUUUCUUUCAUCUCUCUCUCUCAACCAAACCAAACCAAACCCAAAAAUAAAAUAAAAAAGAUCUUUCUCCUUUCGUUAAUCUCGUGAUCUCUUACUUCUUCUAUAUAUGGACAGAGGAUGGUCUGGUCUCACUCUUGAUUCAUCUUCUCUUGAUCUCUUAAACCCUAAUCGUAUCAUCACUCACCAUAACAACAAUCACCGACGCUUCUUGAAUCCUUUGACGACGAUGUCUAGAAUUGGCGAUGACGAUGGUGAUAAUGAUCAGAAGACGAGAGUUUCCACCAACCGCAGUGAAUUUAGGUUUCCCGUGAGUCUCUCCGGCAUUCGUGACCGUGAAGAUGAUGAUUUCUCUUCUGGAGCCGCCGGAGAUAAUGACCGUGAAGUUCCCGGCGAAGUUGAUUUCUUCUCCGACAAGAAAUCUAGGGUUUGUCGUGAAGAUGAUGCUGGGUUUCGUGUUAAGAAGGAAGAACAAGAUGAUCGAACCGACGUAAAUACUGGUUUGAAUCUUCGGACAACGGGUAAUACAAAGAGUGAUGAGUCAAUGAUCGACGAUGGAGAAUCUUCUGAAAUGGAAGAUAAGCGUGCGAAAAAUGAGUUGGUUAAGUUACAAGAUGAGUUGAAGAGAAUGACAAUGGAUAAUCAAAAGCUUAGAGAAUUGCUUGCACAAGUGAGCAACAGUUACACUUCACUUCAGAUGCAUCUUGUUUCACUAAUGCAACAGCAACAACAACAACAGCAGCAGAACAAUAAUAAGGUAAUAGAGGCUGCUGAGAAACCUGAGGAGACGAUAGUACCAAGGCAAUUUAUUGAUUUAGGCCCUACAAGAGCAGUGGGAGAGGCUGAGGAAGCUUCAAAUUCUUCAUCCGAAGAAAAAACUCGUUCGGGCGGUUCUUCUCCGGCCGAGAGGCGUAGUAAUGAGGUUAGAGACAGGAAGAGACUUGGGCGUGAAGAAAGCCCCGAAACCGAGUCUAACAAAAUCCAGAAGGUGAAUAGUACUAACCCCGCGACAUUUGAUCAAUCCGCUGCUGAAGCUACUAUGAGGAAGGCUCGUGUCUCGGUUCGUGCCCGAUCGGAAGCUCCCAUGAUAAGCGAUGGAUGUCAAUGGAGGAAAUACGGCCAGAAAAUGGCGAAAGGAAAUCCUUGUCCGCGGGCUUAUUACCGUUGCACGAUGGCCACGGGUUGUCCCGUUCGCAAACAAGUUCAACGUUGUGCGGAAGACAGAUCGAUUCUGAUAACAACCUACGAGGGAAACCAUAACCAUCCUUUACCCCCAGCUGCGGUAGCGAUGGCUUCCACCACCACAGCCGCGGCCAACAUGUUGCUAUCCGGGUCAAUGUCUAGUCAUGAUGGGAUGAUGAACCCUACAAAUUUACUUGCUAGGGCUGUUCUUCCUUGCUCCACAAGCAUGGCCACAAUCUCAGCCUCAGCGCCGUUUCCCACCGUCACAUUAGACCUCACUCACUCACCUCCGCCUGCAAAUGGUUCCAACCCUUCCUCUUCCGCAGCCGCCACUACCAACAACGACCAUAACUUAUUGAUGCAGCGGCCACAGCAGCAACAACAGCAAAUGGCGAAUUUACCCCCGGGUAUGUUACCUCAUGUAAUAGGACAAGCAUUGUAUAACCAGUCCAAGUUCUCGGGGCUGCAGUUCUCCAAUGGCUCUCCCUCGGCGGCAGCGUAUUCUCAGUCAAACGCGGUGGCUGACACAAUAACGGCACUCACAGCUGACCCGAAUUUCACGGCAGCUCUUGCAGCCGUUAUUUCUUCUAUGAUCAAUGGUUCGAAUCACGGCGAAGGAAACAACAAAAACCAAUAGAAAAAAAAUAUUACAAUUGUUUUUUUUUGGUAUCUUCAUUUUUUUUUUCCAACUGGGUUAUAGGAAACAGAGUUUAUUCAUUGAUUCAUAUUUGUUCUGUUUCGUACCAAAAUACCAGUAAAUAUACAAAAGAACAAUAUAUAAUUUAAUUUCGAAUAUAAUAGCUAUGUAUUUGCAAAAGUA